CUUGUAGACAGCAAUCAUAAAUAGAGGCUCUGUAUGUAUACUUUUGUUGUCCACCUAAACAAAUAACAAUGCAGGGGUGUGAAGAACACAUGGAGUUGAAGGGUUCAACUUCUGAUUAUACUGCUAAGGUUACUUCACAGAUUCCUAGGAAGAAUGUGUUUGUGAGUGCAGAAGUUGUUAGAGAGUUGUCGGAGAGAUUGAGGAUUCUUGAAGAAGAUGGACAAGUCCUCAAGGAAGCUGUUGAAGAAAGAAGAAAGCUAAUCUCUGCAAUAUGCACACAGUUUCAAGCUGUGCACAAUUCUUUGCAGCUAAGAUUUCAAGAAAGGGAAGGGAAAGAUCUGUUUCUACAUCCUUUGGUUGAGGGAGCUGACCUUUCACAAAUCCUAAGCCAACUCUCAAACCCAUCAAUCGUCACAAGAGGUUUAAGAAUUGAAAGUUGCAUCCCGUCUCAACUAAAAGGUUAAAUUGAUAAGGAAAUUAAACAUUUAUUAUUUUUUUGUAAAUUAUGAUUAUUCUACUGCUUUUAAGAUUCUGGGCUUCUACAUUUAAACAUUGUAGCAAUCCUUUCU